CUCGGGUCCCGCCGCUCUCGAGGGCCGCUAGGGGUCGUCGCGACCGCCCGGGUUCUUCCUCCGCCCUCCCCACCCCACGCGGCUGUCGGCGCCAGAGUCAAACGGGGAGGCCGCGGUUUGCACCAUGUCAAAGAAGAAAGGACUGAGUGCGGAAGAAAAAAGGACCCGAAUGAUGGAGAUAUUUUUUGAGACGAAAGAUGUAUUCCAACUGAAAGACCUGGAGAAGAUUGCUCCCAAAGAGAAAGGCAUCACUGCCAUGUCAGUCAAGGAAGUCCUUCAGAGCUUGGUGGACGACAGCAUGGUUGACUGCGAGAGAAUCGGGACGUCCAAUUACUACUGGGCUUUUCCAAGCAAAGCUCUUCAUGCCAGGACACGCAAGCUGGAGGCUCUGAACUCUCAGCUGUUGGAGGGAAGCCGGAAGCAUGCGGACCUGCAGAAGAGCAUCGAGAAAGCUAGAAUUGGCCGGCAAGAGACCGAAGAACGAGCCGUGCUUGUAAAAGAACUUUCUUCAUUUCGGGACCAAAGGGAUCAACUUAAGGCAGAAGUUGAAAAAUACAGAGAAUGUGACCCACAAGUAGUGGAAGAGAUCCGUCAAGCAAAUAAAGUAGCCAAGGAAGCUGCCAACCGAUGGACGGAUAACAUAUUUGCAAUAAAAUCCUGGGCCAAAAGAAAAUUUGGGUUUGAAGAAAAUAAAAUUGACAAAAACUUUGGAAUUCCAGAAGACUUUGACUACAUAGACUAAAAUGUUGGACGAUAAAGGAUUUGCGGGCUCUUAAAUCGUCAAGUCUUAAACAUUGUCUGACUAAUGCUGCCAAAUUUCCAUCUACUGUUAACUGUUCAUCAUUUUACAAUUUUAAAUAAAGUAUAAAA